CCAUACUCGCUCUUGCCGGUCUUUCCCCUCCCAACGAGCGGGUAAGAGCGACAAGUUUAAAUCGAGAGCUUACGGGCACACGAGUAUACUACCCGCUCGAAGCUUUGACGAGUCUAAGCGACUGGUGCUUUUUUUUCUCCACCCCUUGGCCUCUCGGUGGUGAGUUCGGAGUGCAGUGAUUUUACUUUUCGCGUGAGACGAUGAACGGAUUCGUGGAGCCGGUUGUCGGCACGCCACCCGAUAAGCCGAAACUGAUGAAAGGCGGAAAUUACAUAAAGGAGGGCAGGGACUCAUCCAAGAGCACCUGUCUCAUCUUCUCGCCCAAAGAAGUCGACGAAGUCGGCGCCCUGGGACGCUACCUGCAACUUUUUGCCAAACAUGAGGUCAAUUUACUGCACAUCGAAUCGAGAAGCAGCUUGCGUCGAGCGAGCACAUACGAAUUCAUGGUGGAAUGCGCCCCGGGCGGCGAUUUGUCGGGUGUUAUCGAAGCCCUCCAAAAACAGAGCGGCUACUUUUCGAUAAUAUCGAGGAAUUACCGAGACAACAUGGGCACGGUACCGUGGUUUCCCCGCAGGAUCCGCGACCUCGACAAGUUUGCCAACCAGAUCCUGUCGUACGGCUCGGAGCUCGACAGCGACCACCCGGGCUUCACCGAUCCAGUUUACCGCGAGCGACGAAAGUACUUUGCGGACCUCGCCUACAAUUACAAACACGGACAGCCGAUCCCAAGGGUCGAGUACACGAACGAGGAAAUCCGUACCUGGGGUGUCAUAUUCAACAAACUCGUCGACCUGUAUCCAAAGUACGCGUGCAAGGAGCACAACCACGUGUUUCCACUGCUCAUCGAGAAUUGCGGCUACAGAGAUGACAAUAUCCCGCAGCUCGAGGACAUCUCGAACUUCUUGAAAGACUGCACGGGCUUCACGUUGCGGCCGGUGGCUGGUCUCCUGUCGUCGCGCGACUUCCUGGCUGGACUGGCGUUUCGGGUGUUCCACAGCACGCAGUACAUAAGGCACGGCAGCAAGCCCCUCUACACCCCCGAGCCGGACGUCUGCCACGAAAUCCUCGGGCACGUGCCGCUCUUUGCCGACCCGGCGUUUGCUCAGUUCGCCCAGGUUAUCGGCUUGGCCUCGCUCGGCGCGCCCGACGAGUACAUCGAGAAACUCGCCACGUGCUUCUGGUUUACGGUAGAGUUCGGCUUGUGUCGUCAAAACGGCGAGCUCAAGGCUUACGGGGCGGGUCUGCUGUCGUCGUACGGCGAGCUCGAGUACAGCGUGAGCGGCAAGCCCGAGCUUCGGGAGUUCGAGCCGGCAGUCACUGGUCUGCAAAAGUACCCAAUCACCGAGUACCAGCCGGUCUACUUUGUGGCUCAGGACUUUGAAGAUGCCAAGGAGAGGAUGAUAAAAUUCGCCGAGACGAUUCCGAGGAGCUUUGGAGUAAGGUACGAUCCGUACACGCAGAUGAUCAGCAUCAUAGACAGCAAGUACCAAGUCGAGGAGUUGGUAAACAACGUCAACAUUGAAAUGCAAAUCUUGAUGGAUGCGUUGAGGAAAUUGAAGCAAUAACAAGCCCCGGCCGCCAUUAAUACUCAUCGUUACGCAAUUUGAUCUCAUUUAUCAUCGCGAUGCUCUCUUCCAAGCAUUAAUUUUGUAAGCUAUAUAUCUACAACUGUGGAAUCAUGGAGGAAAAAAUUUUUUAAUUACCCCAACCAAAAUUUGGUUAAAAACUAACUAUAUUUUUUGGUUUAUGUAAGUUUUUUUUUUUUUUUUUUUUUUUUUUGUCUCUUUUAUAGAUAUCAAGAUCGUAACGUUAAUCUCAAAAUGUUAUAUAUUUUUCUCGACAAAUCAUUAAAAUAAGAAUCUUUUUAUCGAUUAUUGCGUGUAUUGUGUUUCUUUUUUAAUAUACGUAGUUUACGACUUGAUAGUGAAGGUAUUUUUUCCCUGAAAUAGUAUCUUGUAAAAAUUAGAUGAGAAAGGAAAUCAAGUAAGACAAGGAAAAUAAAAAAAAAAUACUGUUUUUAAAAUUUCAA